GAAUGAUGUUUGGUGCCCUGCGUUCGAAGAACAAUAUGGUUCAAAGUUAUGAGCGUGGUGGCAAUUUUGGGUCACCCCGCCAUGUACAUUCGGAGCAACAUUCAAUAGUACCAGAGACAUACAUUUCACACACAGACUUCUUUUAGAGCCUUAACAGGUGAAAUUUCCAGUUUUCGACACCAGACUUUUAGAAAAUGGCGGAUACAUUAUAUGGCAUGGCAGGCACCUGGAAAUUGACGAAAAGUGAAAACUUUGAGGAUUUUCUAAGAGAACUUGGUGUUAAUUUAAUUGCCCGAAAGAUGGCAGGUCGAUCUAAUCCCCUACAAGAAAUCUCCCUCAACAGCGACGAAAUCACACUGAAAACGAUAACUGGUUUUUGGGACACGGAGACUAAAUUCAAGAUUGGGGAGGAAUUCCAGCAGAAAAGUAAUGGCGUCCAACAAAAGUGUUUGGCUAUAUGGGAAGGAGAAACAAUGGUCCUAACACUGACGCCUAUAGACGGAAGCGUUAAGUCACAGAAAACCACCCGGACGCUUAUAAAUGGAGAACUCCACGUGGUAAUGACCGUAGGUGAUGUAAUCUGCACCAGAAUUUACCAGAAACAGUGA